GUAUAUUUUGAGUAUAAACAAUCUCUCUGAUGCCUGGUGUAGGUGUUCCUCUCUCUUCACUCAACUAACACCGUUAAGCAGCCCUUGCAUUUGGGGCUCUGUAAGCUGUGAUGGGAGUAAGCCAUCCCUUCCCUGGAAGCUGUAACUCCUUGGGAGGAUGAUGGAAGCCCUAGCGCCUCACUGCGAGAAUGAGCCAGAGAGAGACAGAGGAAAAUGUGUUCGAGUUGGAGUUAGAAACACGUGAACUUACUUCAUCUUCUUGCCUGUUUGCUGCAGUACCUCAGCCAGAUCCCAACCAACCAAGGCCUGAGGGCCGACAAAUGAUGCCAGUGAAGGGAGAGCCCCUUGGAGUCAUCUGUAACUGGCCCCCUGCGCUGGAAUCUGCCCUGCAGCGCUGGGGCUCCACCCAAGCCAAGUGCCCCUGUCUGACCGGGCUGGACAUGUCUGGGAAACCAGUAUAUACACUCACAUACGGGAAGUUGUGGAGCAGAAGUUUAAAGUUGGCUUACACGCUGCUUAAUAAACUGGGGACCAAAAAUGAGCCUGUGUUAAAGCCUGGAGACAGGGUAACUUAUUUUGUUUGUUUAGAAAGGUGGUAUUUGUUUCUGAUAUAUGCCCCGGGCUUUGUUGUACAAUGAUAAGACUUACAUUAUUCCUUUUUAAAAUGCUUACUUGUUUUAUGUGUAUGGGUGUGCGGCCUGCAUGUGUGUCUAUCUAUACCACGUGUCUGGUGCCUAAGGACAUCAGAUUCCCUAGAACUGGAGCUGUGAAGUGGUCGUGAGCUCCCACUAUGCUGGAAAGGGCCCCCUGG